AUUGGUCACAUUAGCUGUCAGCUGUUGUUGUAUUGUCAUAAACUGUCGUAACUAUUUCAUUGUGAUCAAAUUGCAAAUAAAAAUGCAGCGGCAAAUUGUAAAUCUCCUAAGCAAUGCAACGCGUCAAGUGCGUUGCCAACAGCGAGCCUUCUCUGUGUCGUCACAGCGUUGGGAAAUAUUCAAAGUGCAGAGUCCCGAGGACUUUGAAAACAAAGUGAAGAAGAGUCAGACGCCCGUGGUCGUCGAUUUCUUUGCAACUUGGUGCAACCCUUGCAAGAUGUUGACGCCACGCAUUGAGAGCAUUGUGGGUGAACAGGCAGGCUCCAUAAAGCUAGCCAAAGUCGAUAUUGAUGAGCACACUGACUUGGCACUAGACUAUGAUGUGGCUGCUGUUCCCGUGCUGGUGAUCAUGCAGAAUGGCAAGGAGGUGCAGCGCAUGGUGGGACUACAGGAUGAGGAUAAGAUUCGUGCCUGGGUCGCCACAGCGGUGAAGAAUGCCAAGUAAUAAGAACGUCCAAGGCGUUGGAAUUGGAGCAGAGCUUUAAAUUCAGUUUACUCAUCAACAAAAUAUAAAUGUUAUUAAACUAUAAAA